CAGCGUUUGGCUGGUUCUCGUGUAUUGCCCCAGUCGUGGGCUUUGUUUGUCGAAACCUCAUUUUCAUUGUCCCUUGAAAAACAUGCCUAAGAUCAGUCGCCACCGCAACUACCGCAAGACGUACCGUACGCCGACGCGCGCCUUCGGUAAGGAACGCCUCGACCAGGAACUCAAGCUCGUCGGUGAGUACGGUCUCCGCUGCAAGCGUGAGAUCUGGCGCGUCCAGUUCACCUUGGCCAAGCUCCGUAAGGCUGCUCGCCAGCUCCUUACGCUCGACGCCAAGGACCCCAAGCGCUUGUUCGAAGGCCCCGCCCUCAUGCGCCGCCUUAAGCGUUACGGCCUCCUCGCCGACGACGAGAACGAGCUCGAUUUCGUCUUGCGCUUGAACAUCCAGAAGCUCCUCGAGCGCCGUCUCCAGACCAAGGUCUUCAAGCAGGGUCUUGCCAAGAGCAUCCACCACGCUCGUUGCUUGAUCAAGCAGCGCCACAUCCGCGUCGGCCGCCAGCUCGUCGAUGUGCCCAGCUUCAUGGUCCGCCUCGACUCGGAAAAGCACAUUGACUUCUCGGUCACGUCGCCGUACGGCCAGGGCCGCCCCGGCCGUGUCGCCCGCAAGCGUGCUGCCCAGCGUGCUGCCGCCGCCAACGGCGGUGCUGAGGAAGACGACGAAUAAACGCUUGAUGCGACCUCCGUUGUUUUUGUAAAGGGCGAUGACACGACGCAUCGACUAGGGGCUUAUUGUAAUAUACUGACCCGGUCCUUGUGAUUGCA